AUACUAUAUAAAUGUAUUAAUUGUUAAGAGUAGUUAUGCACAAGCAAACUGAGUAGUUUUUCAUUUAACAUUUAUACAAUCUAUACGCAGCAAUUCAAAUCGAAAGAUCUCGGUUUACGUGAACUAGUUCUUCAAACAACGUGCUUCGUUGUGGAUUUGCUAUAAAUUGAAUCAAACAAUUGUUUCAUCGAACUAGUUCAGCACGUGAACUUUAACAAGGAGGCGAAUUACUUGAAUUAUUUUGCAGAAGGUCGGUAUGGUAUGAAGUCGCAUCAGGAUCCGAAGUGAAAACUCGUAGCAGGAAAGUCUUAAUGCCUUAAUGCAUUUGAAUACUACAAUAUUUACACAAAACACAGAAACACAAGUAGUUUAAAAUGCCUCGUAGAUACACCACAAAGUUACAGCUCCAGAAGCUGAAUGAAACUGUUAUUGCACGUAAGAGACAACAACAGAAUGCCCAAAACGAGAAUGCUGAGAGCUCGGAGGACGCUUCCUCCGAUGGCGAAGAAAAUAGAUCACUGGAGGAGUCACGCAAAGCAGAUCCAACGCGUCGCAUAAUGGAAAUGUCGCGACACGAUACACAUCCAGCGCUCAAUGAAGGAUUGGGCAAUAACCAAGUGCUGAACAUGUUUCCGAAUGCAGCGUUUACGGUGCCAUUGCCACUUUAUGUGGCCGAUCGCACCACGCCCAUUGUGGAUCCGUGUUUGCAACGUCCCUACGUCCACGACGAUUGGAUGCGUCAAUUGAGUGUGUACAAGACAAAGUAUCUGAGUCAAACCCAGAAGCAAAAGCAACGUGAACGCAAACAUCAGGCUAAUAUCUACAAUACGUAUUUGUUUGAGGUGGCCGAACACAUUGCCACACAGGAGAAUACGCAUUUCCGUGAUAGCUACGAUUACUAUUACACUGGUGGCAAUCUCAAUAUUAUGUCCUAUGCAGCUGCAGGAGAUGAGCCCAAGACGCUGGCAUUGCAUGUAACGGGCGAGAAGCUGCAGCAGUUGCAUGUCUCACAGCUGGGUGAGGAGGCGGAACUGUUGCAGUCGCUGCAUAGCGAGAAGAUGCCGGCGACGUCCAGCGAGCUUUUUGAGCUGAUGCCAGUGAAGAGUUUUCGUGUGAAUCACGGCAACAUGUUUCUGGCGCGUCAACUCAACGACAUUGCGAUCUACGAGCUGCGCAAGUUGCCGGACGUUGACGAUGACAACGACGAUGACUCUGAUGAUGACGAAGAUUCGCCAAGUUACGAGUUCAAUUGUCAGUGCAAAUACAACAGCGAAGAUGGACCGUUUAUUGGCGUAGCGCAGGGCAUCAAUAGACCAAAUGUGUUGGCCAUCGCCUGCCAGGAUCGCACCAUACGAUUCUUAGACAUGGAGUCGCAACAGGACAUCUCAAGGCAUACGGUGUCCAUUUUCAAGGGGGCCAGCACAUGGGCACAGCUGCGUGCCUGGAAGGAGAAUUGUUUCGUGUAUGCAUGCCAAUCGGCGGUCAUCAAUGUGGAUAUGCGUUGUGCCAACAAGGAGAUCAAUCCACUGUUUGCCAGCAGCGUCUAUUCGAAGCGUUGCGAGACCUUCUCGUGUUUGGCGGGCAGCGUUAAUCCCCAUCUGUUAUAUGUGGCCAGCAAUCAUAAGUUGCACGCCAUCGAUAUGCGUUGUUUGGGCAAAAAGAUUGCGGAUCGUGCAGUCGUCACAUGGACACAUCAAAUGUGCUAUCCGCCGACGUUUAUGGACACAAUUGCCCAGGAUGGCAGCGAAUAUGUGGCCAUGUCGAAUGCGGUGCCAGGAGAUCAACGUAUCUGCGAACUGAACAACGCGCUCGCACAGAACGUAACCGAGAUGAGCUCACAAACAUUUGCCUAUGCGCCGCCCCAGCUGGAGGAGGCACUAAUCGAUGCCCAGCUCAAAGGCUGUAGCAUCAGCAUCUAUGCGGACUUGGGCCAACGCUUACGAAGCGCAACGACGGGCGUGAAGUUCCAUCGCUUGGAGAAGGCCAGCGAUGGUGCGUUUGCCCAGCUGCUUACGGCCAACAGUGUGGGCGAUGUCUUCUGUCAGCGGGUGACGCAACGAGACGAGUUGGAAAUGCAACAGGAACAGCGCACGGGUUCGCACACGAAUGAGGCAAUCUUAUACUACGCGGAUUUGGUGAAGGAGCAUGUGAGUCGGAAGCUGCGCUGCACUGAUGUGCAGUCCAUGGUCGCGUUGCGUGACAUCAUGAAGUCGGAACGUGAUGUGGAGGAGGAUAAACCCAUGCCCUUUGAGGACAUAGAAAUUGAUUAUGGCUUUGAGGAAGUGUCGACUGAGGCCGAAUCGGGCGAUGAUGAUUCCAACAAUGAUGAGGAAAAGCAGCCCAAGGCGAAGAAGCCAACGACACCCUCACAACCCGCACCGCCACCUCCUCCGCCAGAGGAACCCAAGGUGCCCAAAAAGAAGGCCGUUAAUCGUGGACCUUGGCAAAAGUCGGCGCAUUAUCUAAGUCAAUUUGAGGAUGUGAUAAGUACUCGACUGCUGAGUAUAUGGGAUAUUGAUGAAUUCGAUCUGACACGCGAUGUCAACAUCGAUAUGAUUGACGAGAAGCUGAAGCGCCACAAAGAUGAGACACAAGAGGUAGAAGAUCCCACUGCAAGUUGGCUGCAGACGGCACCCAAGCCCGAGGAGUUGUCCGAGUUUUUCGAUGAGCAAAAGACAGUUUUGGUGCCGGGCACAAAUUUGCGCACACAUUACGAUGCCGUCUAUGCGGAUUAUGUGGAAGUGUCCAAUGAAACAACGGACAUUGAGGCAUUGCUGGCAACCACAAAGCCCGAUGAAAACGCUUCGUUCAAUGAGACUGUCAAUUUUAACAAGCGACCGCAUUCUACAUUACGUCCGGGAGAAUUUACGAUAGUCGAAUCGCAACCAAAUCCUAGGCCAAAGCGGCAAAAAACUAAAUACACUAUGGGCUUUUAGAAUUAGAAGUAGAAGUAGAUUACUAAAAUUAAGACACACGACUAAUAAUACUACACACAAUAAACCAAUUGAAAUUGUAC